AUGGCCCAAGUCGUUCUCGAUCUGCUCUCCUCCCUGAGCGGCUGCCUCAGCUGUUUCCCCAGCUCGCCCACACUCAAGGUGAACAGUCGUAGUCUGAAGAUUCUCCGGCUGUUGGGCGAGGGCGGCUUCUCCUACGUCUACCUAGUCCAAGACACCUCUUCCUCUGAGCUCUUCGCCCUCAAGAAAAUCCGCUGUCCCUUCGGCGCCGAGUCCGUCGCGCAAGCCAUGCGCGAGGUCGAAGCCUACAAGCUCUUCGCCCACAGCAAGGGCAUCAUCCACGCAGUCGACUACGCCAUCGCCACGGAGCGGGGCGGCGGCGAGGAGAGCAAGACUGUUUAUGUUUUGCUGCCGUACUACAGGAGGGGCAACUUGCAGGACAUGAUUAACGCAAAUCUGGUCAACCACACGCGGUUCCCUGAGAAGAGGCUGAUGUGCUUGUUUCUGGGGGUGUGUAAGGCGCUGAGAGAUAUGCAUCAGUAUCGGGGUCCGGGACUGGGGGGCCAGGGGGCGACGGGCGGGCAAGCUGAGAGGAUGGAGGUACCUAGCAGGGGGAAGGGGAAGGGGAAGGGGAAGGGCAAGGGCGGGCAGAGUGCUGGACGGGAGGAUGAGGAGGAGGACGAGAAUGAGCAGCAGAAGCCGCUAAUGACGGAGGAUGAGAGGAUGCCGGCUCCGGCGCCCGGGCAGGUCAGGAGUUAUGCACAUCGGGAUAUCAAGCCUGCAAACAUCAUGAUAUCUGACUCCGGCACCGACCCAAUAAUCAUGGACCUGGGCUCGAUCGCCGAGUCCCCGCUCCCCAUCACCUCUCGCUCGCUAGCCAUCGCCACCCAAGAUAUUGCCGCCGAACACAGCACCAUGCCCUACCGCGCCCCCGAGCUCUUUGACGUCAAAACCGGCUCCGUCAUCGACACCAAAGUCGACAUCUGGUCCCUCGGCUGCACGCUGUACGCCUGUCUGGUGGGCAAAUCCCCGUUCGAAAUGCGCAGCGACGAGACGGGCGGGAGUCUGUCCAUGUGUGUGAUGAGUGGGGAUUGGCGAUUUCCGGAUGAGGGGCCGGGAGCGGCGGGGGGUAAGGGGAAGGGGAAGCAGAUUGGGGGCGGGCAGGGCCAGGGGGCGAACGGGAGGGCAGAGGAGUAUAGGAUUAGCGAGCCUAUUCGGGAGGUGGUUAGGAGGUGUUUGAGGGUCGAGCCGAGUGAACGACCGGACAUUGAUGAGCUGAUUGAGAUGGUUGAGAAGGUGGUGGAGGAGUUGCCGGAUGACGAGGAGUAG